AUGGCAGGCAUGAAAACAAUCAUUAUUUUCGUUAUCAUGUUCCCAGUCGUGAUGAUAACACAGGAAGGUGUAAAUCAUGGAGGUAACGACUAACAACUACGACGUCUCUAACAAAUUUAAUUGCGCACCUGCGGAUUGUCGCCAUUUUAUUUCAGCAUCCUGGUUUGUAAUUUUUCCUUGGAAUAAGCUGUCAUCAUAAGAGAAAUUGAAAACAAUUUACUGAUGCAAAAUUUUUUUUUGGGGGGGGGGGGGGGGUAAACAAGAUGUUUUAUGGGCGGUGUGAAAACGGUGAAUAUGUUAACAACUUCAUUUACUUGAGUUUUUUUGAAAUUUUACACAUUAAAAAAUGUGCGACCAAUAUUUCGCAAGCUUUCUUUCGUUAGGUGUCCAUUCAUGAAUUCCCUUGCACUUUUGUUUUCUUCUCUAAUGGAUUUGAAAUAAAUUUACAUUUGAGGAUAUCUUGCUAUACAGUCAAACACCUCUUUAAGACGGACAACUCUCUGGUGUUGGCCCCUGUCAUUGUCCAGUCAUUUGACUGUAACUAUGCUCUCUACAAGACGGAAACCUCUCUUAAGACGGAGCACGGACACUUUUAAAACCGUCAACGGUCCCUUGAGAAGUGCUUUAGGUAAUGAAAAAUACCGCAAAACGGAAAUGUAGGUGCACUAAAUGACAGGUAAUUGCAAUUAGGGUAAGCAAAUUAAAUAUUCAACUACAAUACGCGCCUUCUUACGUACAGCUCGUACUGUAUUUUAUAUAUCAUAGUCUCCCUUUUGUCUGGUUACGCAGCGCUCCUUGAUAUCCUAAACUGAGAUACUAAUAAAAGCUAAUAGAUUAUUUACUACCGUUCCAACCCCUUGAUCCAGUUCUACAUGGGGUAGCACUUCACUUCCAAUAUGGACCCCCUAGUUGUUGUUGUUGUCAUUAUUAUUAUUACUAUUAUUAUUUAACACUUAAUGAAUGAGGCGGAGUAUUUUAUGAAGAAUUAUGGCGAUCGAGGAGGGUAGGAGGGUACGGCCUCGACGGAUAACACCCUCCGAGAUCUCCAUAAUUCUUCAUAUGAUACGAAAGCCGAAUUCGAUAAUUGUUUUAUCAUUCAUUCAAAAUAUUUCCUUUUUUAAAAACAUAGCUAAAACAUGCUCACCUCCAUCCAUCUUAAGUUCAUCUUCGAUAGACUCAUAGUGCACGUUUAGGGUUGUUCAGCUCCGCAAAUAUUCUCCAAAUAGCAGAUAACGCUCUUCGAGUUGUAUUUUUGCUGUGCUUGCCAUGUUUUUAACUAUUAUUUAGCCUAGUUCUUACUCUUGAAACGAGUGAAAUGUCCGCCAUUUUUGUUUUCACAACCAAAACAACUCAACCUCGUCCUCAGGUCUUCUCAGUUAACGGUGCAUUAACCUGCAAGAAAGCUGCAUUUUUGACGUCAUCGGUUGAUUAAUCGCAAACUUCUUCCAAAUUUGGUCAUCAGUAGCUGGUUAUGGUGAAUUUUUCGUAUGCUUUUAGCCAAUCAGAAUCGGGGAAAUAUUUUGAAUGAAUAAUAAUAUUAUUUCAUCGUCAUGUUCUGUUAAUAAUAAUUCACUAGUAAUAACCAAAGGUCACGGAGUGCGGGCGACAACGAUCGAAGCGGUCAAAACGCUUUUGCUCCAUCGCUGUUCUUUGCGUAAGUUUCACGUGACAGAUAAUCAAAACACGCGUAAUUAAGUUACGAGUAAUACAAGGUCUAAACGGGCGUGAUCAAAUUACGUUCUGUGCAUUCCAUUCAUUCUUAGUGGAAGUCCAAACUAAUGCUGGCUACAUACAUGCAACGCAUGCGCAAUAGCAACCUGAAGAUUAGGAUUGCGGGCUCCUCUUGUCGCCCGCAAUUACAAUUACAGUGAUUGUUAUAUUUAUUAUUGUUUUGCAAAGUUGAUAAAAUGCCGUUAGCUUAUGGAUUGAAAUUUACUGUUCAUAUGUGUUGCUGCUUUGCAGUUUGUCCUGUUCCGAUGACUAAAGAAGAAGAGGAGUAUAUUAAACAGCGGGAAAGGAGCAGAGAGUUAAUGGAAGAGAUCGCCAGAGAAAUUGAAAUCACCUGCUUAGGUAAGUUAAAAUGAAUUUAAAAAAAGAAUGAUAAUAAUAACAACAACAAUAAUAAAAACCUUAGAUGAGAAAGUCUUUCCGCGUAGGUUACAAACCAUUUUGUAUAGUAUACCGCUUUAGGACAGUUGGGAGUGUUCUCUUUGGAACAAUAUGUAGAUUUUGCAUUUUUAAAGCCACUUACCCUCUUUGUUUAAGGCAAUUAGUUGGUAAGCAGCGAAUCCAGGAGGUUAGACUUACAUACACUGCAAGGUAGCCAUUUCGACUUUUGAAGGAGGAUCAUGGGGUUAUAUCCCAUUAGCUCAGGAAAGGCUGGCCACACCACAGGGACAAAGUCCCCUACCCUUUCCGAACAGUGGUGUGGGUUCUUGUACGUCUCACAAGAACCAGAUACGUCCUGUGGGACCUACGGCACCUUAUCCUUCCUUAUCCGAGAAGAUUAGAAAGUCUUACCUCUAGCAGAUGUCAUUACAAAGGCAGCACUUUCUUCUGAUUUUUUCUCAGUUAUUUACGGAGCAGCCUUAGUGUUGGUCCGGCCGGGGUAUGAAUCCGCGACCUCCAGCUCAGCAGAUCGGAGCUCUCCCGACUAAGCUCGUUUAAAAACGUGGCACACUGCUACCUUAUUAUGGAAAUCCUGACUAAUCCUGUCAGAGUCAUGGACAAAUAUUUUGGGCAAAAAUCCACUGCCAAUUUCCCUAUUCGAAAAUCUUUAUGGUAUUAAAUAUAUAGACUUGGAAUUUGAUGGUAACAUUUUUGAAAAAUGAUUUCUAGUUCAUGAACCAUUUUGUGAGAAGUGGGUAAAAACUUCGUAGCAAACAUGAGACUUCAAAGGACCGUUAUUGUAUGGAGCGUUAUAUUAUUGGGCGCUUAAACGGUCGUGGUUCGGAAGAAAUCGAAAACGAAACUGUAUGCAAAUACGAAGCCUUUCUCCCAAGUUAUUAACCCCUCCAGGAUUUUAUGGAUUUCCUUUAUUACCUUUUUAUUGGAAAAUGCGAAAAGGAUUUGUAAAACUGUUCUCGUGAACAGUGUUCGCUUUUUUUUUCCUGCUUGUUAUGCGUGCGCUUGCGAGACAACUGAGCUUGAAAAUAGUUCAAAUCCUUUCUAGUAUCUCCUCACCCCUUCUCGCGGCUGAAUAGUAAAAAAAAUGAAUGAAAAUAACUUAGCUAUGAAAGUAAAACUUGCCGACUAGUAGCAGCGGAGCUCAGAAUAAACGUUAGCGCAAACGAAAAAGAAGCAAUACCGCUCGUGGCAAGAACAAUUUUCCAGCGCUGACGAUGGCAGUCCAAAAGCGCGCGAAAUACUAGAACUUGCAUGCGUAGCUUAGCAACACGAUAUGAUAACAAGCCCUAAAGAGAUGCAAUAUUUCUCGAUCGGAGUAUUGAGACCAACGUUUAAACGUUUUCUAAAUGAAUUUUAACCAAGAGAUCAUGAUAUCAGCAGUUGUUUGAGCUAAAAAAAGAAAAAUAAAUACAUUUAAUCAAUUAAACAACUGUUUAACAACUGAAAGAGUGAAAACUGACUUUAUAGGUGAAAACGUUUAAGUCAAGGGAACUAACCUCAACUUCCUGAUUUGUAGACGAGUGUGAAACAGGACAACAUAACUGCCACGAUGAUGCAGAAUGCACCAACACCAAGCGUUCCUUUAAGUGUACUUGCAAAUCAGGAUAUUUUGGGGAUGGUGUCAACUGUGAAGGUAGCAUAAUAUGGAGCCUAAACGAACAGGAUUUUAUCAUAAGUCACAUAUGCUAUUCCAUGCCAAACAGAAUAGGUAGAAGAAAGGAAAGGUAGAAACCUAUUUUCAUAUUCAGUCAGUGGUAUGCCACAGGUUGUAUCUAAGAAAAAAAAUUCUGGCGUUGGUACGUGUAAAUUUGUGGCCUCCAAUUUGCCCACAGAAAGCUUUCCAUCUUGACUCAACUACACAAUAGCAACAACCAUAAUUAAAAAGCAAAAAAGUUUUUUGAGAGCCAACCCUGAAAUGCUCGUAUGUUAACACAGCAAUAACACAAAUAACUAAUUGUUUUCACAAAAAAACAAAAAAAAGUGCUAUAACUAGCUGGGGGGGGUGGAAAAGAAUCCCGAAAUAUGAACACAGGCUUAAUGCCGGUUAGGGAGCAGGUAUAAAGCCCAAUUUUAACCGUAACCGUUCGGGUGAAUAUUUGAGACCCUCUAAAAAAGAAAAAAAGUUUUUUGAGAACCAACCCUGAAAUGGUCGUAUGUUAACAAAAAAAUAACAAAAAAAACUAAUUUUUUUCAAAAAAAAAAAAAAAAAGUGCUAUAACUAGCUGGUCGAGCUCGAACUGCAUCCUCAAUUAUGAACACAGGCUUAAUGCCGGUUAGGGAGUUUGUAUUAGGCCCAAUUUUAGCGGUAGCCGUUAGGGUGAAUGUAUGAGAACCGCUAAAAUUGGGCCUGAUCUCAGGUUAGGGACAGCUGACCUAAGCCUACAUUGAGACUAAAUACAUAAGUUAAGGAACAGGUGCAAAACGGCGCUAACCGUACAAAUACAUAAAAUAAGAGAACUGCCAGGGCUGGGCUCUAAAGCAUUGCAUUGCUAUAUCCCUCAUUCUGAAAAGGCAUAAGAAUCGAACUGAUUCAGUUUGAUAAUUCAGCAUUUAAUCUUGAUUUCCAGACAUAGACGAGUGCAAAACAGGAAAACACAACUGUGACGUCACUAGAUGGUGCUAUAACACUAAAGGAUCCUUCGACUGCCCUUGCAGGGAAGGUUAUUCUGAAAAUGGAGAAAAUAAAUGUACAGGUAACACUUCAGGAUCCCUUAAUUGAAAGACUCAUAUAUUUCGUAGCCACGUCUCUUUCAAAUCAAUUUCCUCAGCUCCAAGGUGGUUUUUCACUAAAUUCGCCUUAAUUUAAGUCUCGUUAAUUUCCAUAAUACCUUUUACUAGUACUGAUAGCAGGGCAUUAAGUUCCCUUAUUUUUCAUUCGAAAUAUUUCCCCAAUUUUGAUUGGCUAAAAGCACAUGCAUAAUUCACCAUAACCAGUUACUGAUGACCAAAUUGGAAGAAUUUUGUGUUUAACGAGGAAAUGACGUCAAAAAUGCAGCCUUCUACAGGUUAAUGCACCGUUAACCGAGAAGACCUGGGGACGUUAUUGAGUUGUUUUCGUUGUAAAACCUAAAAUGGCGGCCACUUCACUCGUUUCAAGAGUAAGAAGUUAACAGCAGGAACUAGGCGAAAUAAUGGCUAAACACAUAGCAAAAAAGGCAAGGCAAGGGCGACAUCUGCUAUUUGGAGAAUAUUUGCGGAGCUGGACAAACCUAAACGUAAACUAUCGAAGAUAAACUUAACAUCGAUGCAGGUAAGCUUGUUUUAGCUAUCUUUUUGAACUAGGAAUUAUUUUGAAUGAAUAAUAAAACAAAAUAACUUAAGCCGAAAGCAUAGUAUACUUCUUAAUACCUCUAGAGCCUCCCACAAUAGGCGGAGCCGAAUGCCGGAGCUGCCUAUUGUGGGAGGAGCUAGAGGUAUUAAGAAGUAUUCUAUGAGUCGCUCAUUUAUUAAUUGUUAAAUAAUAAGUCAGGUACAUUAUUUUAAUUCUAAUAGGCCAUUUUCAAGUUGACUCGAACUUCUGUCUUAAGACGAGGCGAAAUGCGAAGCCUUUUAAUAAGGAAACUAAUUUCAAAAGAGAAAGGUGUAAGGAAGACCUCGUUUUGAAAAUUAGGGUUUUUGGAACUCGGAAAAUAUAAAUAAAUAUUGAAAUAUUAAAAGCCUGAAAUGGCUAUUAUGGUAGGCCACAGUUACUUACAGCGAAAGAAAAAUUCAAAAAUCCAUUUAUUCAGUGCCUGACUUCUUAAUUGCAGAUAUAAAUGAAUGUGAAACAGGAAAGCACAACUGUGGUACAAACACUACUUGUAAAAACACUAAAGGAUCCUUUGUGUGCACCUGCAAGCCAGGGUACUCUUUGAAUGGAGUUAGCUGCACAGGUGAAAACAGUACCUUGGUCUUCUUUAUAAUAUGCCACAGGGUAGUAUGCUGCUUCGUUCCUAGAAUUACAGUUUGUUCUUUUAAGGAGAAUAAUAAGUAUCGAAAUGCUCUUGCAUACUGCUAUAGUUUGUGAUUUGCAGUAUCUGUAUGCAAUUUUAGCCUCAGUUAUACAUGCUUGAGAUCUUUACAUUUUUGAUGUUUAUUAUAAUUGUAAUUGUCUUCAUGCACGAUUGCGAUGUCCGCUCACGCAUUCACGCUGGCUGAGACAGUUGCUUUUAAAAAUCAGACCAGUGUACACAAUUCCGUCAGUUUUGUUCCGCUCCACCUACAGAGUAUGAACAGAAACGUGUCUUUUUUAUUCCACCUUCUGAUGGCAGUUUUUUCCUCAGCUGGGAAGUCGUUCUGCAUUCUCCUGUAUCUUGCUUCCUUAGGUUUCGCUAAUCCUCUAUCUAUACAUAUAAUGUUAUUUCUUCAUUUAUCACCGCUUCAGUAUACUUAUCUUUUUUCUUCUCAGUACAACCUCCAGGAAAGCUCUCUCUUCUGACCGUACCCAGUCCUAGAAAAUAAAAGGUUAAGUAAAUCAGUUUUGAUGAUUCAGUCCUGCACCUGUUUUGCAGACGUAAACGAGUGUACAACAGGAGAGCACAAAUGUGACGCUAAUGCAGACUGCAAUAACACUGAAGGAUCUUUCGAGUGCACUUGCAAGGCAGGGUAUUCUGGGAACGGAGUUUACUGCACAGGUGAUUAUAUUUUAGUAGAGACUUGAACCGUCUUAAUGUUAAGGCUAUUUCAAAAUCAUUUGUUUCGAGUUCACGCGUUUGAGUUUGUAGAAUCCAAAUCUCCAAAUGUACAAAUAAGAGUUUGAAGUCUAGCCUCAUCGACAAAGUGAUCCUUGUCAUAAUUAACAAUCACCGAAUGAGGCUGAGUAGAAUGUAAGGAAUUUUGUAGAACGAAGAGGAUGAUAUCCUCAGUCCUGGGGUAACUCAAUCCAGCUCCAUCGAAGUAACAUCUUAUCAAUCCACUGAAGGCGUCACUUCUCUCAAUAGAGAUGGCUGGCUGGCCGGCUGGCGGGAUGGAUGGAUGGAUAGAUGAAUGGAUAGGUUUAACAAAGUAAUCAAAUUGCAGCCGGCAGGCUGAAUUUCUGAGUUAUUCACAAUACUAUAAAAGGUAAAAAAUAACGGUAAAAGACUAAUUACAGUUUUUUUGACUAGGAAUAAUGACAAAACAAAAAUUACAGAGAAAAAGAAAAAUAACGAAAUGACACAUUAACCGACACGACCGCACAUAACUGAUAUGAACGACUUUUUGAAGCGGUUUGUGCAAAAGCGAGACAUGUCAUACUGUCUAUUAUUAAUACAGCUUAAUACACUGAUGUUGAAUGUAUCAAGGAGGAUGGAGGCUGGGCCGACUAAUUAAGUUGGGAGGGUUGUGUGAGGCGAGGAAAACAGUUUGAAGUGGUAUGCGAGGAAUUCUUGAGACGUUUUACUGUAGGGGGUAAGGAUUACUUGGAACAACGAGCUGAAAGUCGACAGUUUUCCAGUCUCGAAAGCAUUGCAUUGCUAACUCUGAUUCAAUAGAUAUAGAACUGAAAUAGAACUGAUUCAGUUUGAUUAUUCAGCAUUAAAUCUUGAUUUCCGGACAUAAACGAGUGUAACACAGGAAAACACAACUGUGACGUCACUAGUUCAGUGUGACAUAACACUAUAGGAUCCUUCGGAUGUGCUUGCAAGAAAAGUUAUUAUGAAAAUGGAGAAGAUAAAUGUACAGGUAGCACUUCAAGAUCCCUUAAUUGAAACACUCAGAUAUUUCGUAGCCACGUCUCUUUCACAUCAAUUUCCUCAGUUCGAAAGUGCUUUUUCGCUAAAUUCGCCUUAAUUUAAGUAUCGUUAUUUUCCAUAAUACCUUUUACUAGUACUAAUCGCAGAGCAUUAAGUCAGGUAUAUUGUAAUUCUAAUAGGCCAUUUUCGAGUUGACUCGAGCUUCUGUCUUAAAAUGAGGCGAAGUGCGAAGCUUUUUGAUAUGAAACUUAAUUUCAAGGAGAAAGGUUUGAGGAUUGUCCUCGUUUUGAAAUGAAAAUUGAUCGCAUGAAAUGGCUAUUAUGGUAGGCCACAAUAGAGUACUAAAGUGAUGACGUCAUAAAAAUGAAAUUUCUGAAAUUAUGGGAUUUGUCAGGAUAUUCUGAAAGAUCAAUGUCCAAGAGGCCUACUUGCCAAAAAUGAGCAUUUCGGGGCAAAUUGUCUCUGAGAUCGUAGCCCAGUUAUACUCAGAAAACUCCAUACAAACCCUUCUAAUUUUUUUUUGGGUCGACCCCAAAAAAAUUUAGAAGGGUUUGUAUGGAGUUUUGUAAGCAUAACUGGGCUACGUUCUCAGAGACAAUUUGUCCCCAAAUGCUCAAUUUUGGCAAGUUGGCCUCUUAGACAUUGUUCUUUCAGAAUAUCCUGACAAAUCCCAUAAUUUCAGAAAUUUCAUUUUUAUGACGUCACACUUUAGUACUCUAUAAUUGCUGUGAAAAAAAAAAAAGGAAAUUAGUUUUGAUCAUUCAGUGCCUGACUUCUUUUUUGCAGAUAUAAAUGAAUGUGAAGCAGGAAAGCACAACUGUCAUGCAAAAGCUAAUUGCCAAAACACUAAAGGAUCCUUUGUGUGCACCUGUAAGCCAGGGUAUUCUGGGGAUGGAGUUAACUGCACA